UGGAGCACUCUUACUCCUCUUGUUUUCUUUGUUUUCUACUUUAAUCUUCUACCUAGCUUCUCUAAAUACUUCAAAGACAAUGUCCUCACAAGUACCCUCAUCAAAGCUUCAUCGGCAUCAUCGACUACUUCCAACUAAUUUGAGAACAAUAAAGCAUUCUAAGCACAAUGUCUCCUCUACAAAGCUGAGAAGUUUUGAAGAAAGUCAUAGCAGCCAAUAAGAAACAUCUUCACCGUUAUUUCCUGCUUCUAAGGAAUGUACGAAGUGUGAUGGUACCCACCAGAAGCUUCUUCGACUGCUGCCUACUCUCAAAGCCCAAGUCUCUGUCAAGAUUAUGACCUAACCGCAGACAGACCAGAAACUACAAAAGUCACUGAACAAGAAAGACUACGAAAAAUGUGAAUCCUCCUGCUCGAGAUAACGAGCAAGGCCUCUGAAAUCUUGGUCAAGCAGGAGUAAGAAAUGUGCAAAGAAGAAAUGGACUUGGACUCCACACGAAGCUGGACUCUAAAAUAUUCUGACUGACACUCCUGCAGAUGGGAGUCAUUGUGGGAGCAGGGCUUAGAACCAUUUCCAGCAUCAAGUCGCAUUUUGAUGCACACUAAGCGGCUAAAAGGUAUUGUAGAUUAUUUGUAGGCAUUGUGGAAAUC